GUGGAUGCUCCAUCAAUCAUUGAGAUUCCGUUUCCUAUUUAUUUCCUUAUUUCUUCAUCCUUUCUCCUUUAGCCUAUGCCUUCCAUUCCCUCUGCAUUUACUGCAUUAUCUCUCAUCCCUUUCUUCAUGCUCAUAUGAAUUUUAUCUCUUUAUCUUUUGCUCAUUACUAUGAGAUCUACAAUGAGAUUUAUGUAACGGAAAGGAAGAGUUUGUGUAUUUAAUUGAGAAAUAUGUGUUCCACGGACUCAUUUUUUGUGCCGGACGAUGCAAAGGCGGAGGAAGGCGGGCGGGGGAGGGGAAGGUAGUGAUUGAAGGUUGAGUUUGCUGAGUAUCCUCUGUGGAGAAGCAGAAGCAGAGAUAAAAUUUUCUGUGGACAGUAAUAAUUCGUUGGAGGUUUUUAUUCUGUCUGUUUAAUCUCGGCUUCUGCUGCUAUGUCGACCACGAUUAUUACCGAUUCGGUUGUGGUGAAGGCCGCCGCUGUGGCGGCGGAGGUGCAGACCGUUGCCACAAAACUCGUGGCGGCGGCGCCGUUGGAGGCGGAGUUCGUGAAGUGCGACUGCUGCGGAUUGUCGGAGGAAUGCACUCAGGAGUACAUAGAGACGAUCCGCGAACGGUACCAGGGGAAGUGGAUCUGCGGACUCUGCGCCGAGGCGGUGAAGGAUGAAAUUGUGCGCAGCGAGAGCGAGCGGCGGCUGAUCAGCGCGGAGGAGGCCUUGGCGCGGCACCUCAACUUCUGUAAGAAGUUCCGGUCCACCACUCCGCCUCCCAAUCCGGCCGUUCACUUAAUCGCCGCGAUGAAGCAGAUUCUGAGGCGGAGCUCGGAGUCGCUCAAGGUCAGGUCUCUGCCUAGCAGUCCCACGAAGAACAACGCCGUCAAUAUUAACCGUAGAUCGGUUUUGUCUAGGACGGAGAGUUGCAUUCCGAUUCUACCUCCGGUGGAUCAUAGCAUGGAUAAGGAACCAGGCUCAUAAAAAUAACAAAAAUAUAUAUUAAAAAAAAAACGAAAACACAAAAUAAUGUUAUUUUUGAAUUUUGAAUUUUGAUCUAAAUGUAAACAAUACUACUCUACUACUAUGUAAUAUUUUCAAUGAGUACAUAUUUAUCAAAAAUAAAAAUCCAAAAUAUCAAAAAACGUGUUUUAUUA